UUUGUUUUGCUGUUUCUUAGUUGUCUUUUUUACAUUCUAUAUUAUUGUUUGCCGAGUUGUAGAAAUGCGAAUAAAGUUAUACUCUACCAUUAUAUUUGGAUUGUUAUUAUGGUGUCUUUAUGUAGUUUUUUUUCGAAACACUUCUCUUGGGAAUUAUCCUUCAUCGAAUGGGAAGAAUUUCAAUAAAUAUAUGUAUCGGAAUCAUCCUGUUGUCAACAUAGCUCUGGUUGUAUGUGGGCAUAGAUUACAAGAGUCACUUGCUAUGAUAAAAUCGGUUAUCCUUUAUAACCAUUAUAACGAAGAAAGUUUGUAUUUCUGGAUAUUUGCUGAAGACAAACUGAAGCCAGAAUUUGAUGAGCGGUUGAGCGAAUGGCGGAGCUUAAAGCAUUUUGAUUUUGAUAUAAAACCACUUACUUUUCCUACAAUCAACCAAAGAGAAUGGAAAACUCUUUUUAAACCUUGCGCAUCACAAAGGUUAUUUUUGCCGUUGUUACUUCCGGAAGUCGAUUCCGUUUUGUAUGUUGAUACGGAUGUUAUUUUCUUGUCUCCCAUAUCAGACAUUUGGCAAUACUUUUACCGGUUUAAUACAACACAAUUUGCGGCACUGACCGCGGAACAUGAAGAUGAAAAUAUUGGAUGGUAUAAUCGAUUCGCACGCCACCCUUACUAUGGUAAGACGGGUGUGAAUUCUGGUGUAAUGCUUAUGAACCUAACACGAAUGCGAAUUAACAAAUGGGUUUCACGCAUUGUUCCCAUAUAUAAUGAGUAUAAAUUACGAAUAACUUGGGGUGAUCAAGAUAUCAUAAAUGUGUUUUUUUACUACAAUCCAGAAGCACUUUUGCUUUUACCGUGCCAGUAUAAUUACCGACCGGAUCACUGUAUGUAUAUAAAUCUGUGUAAUGUAACCAUGGAUGGGAUACAAAUACUGCAUGGUAAUAGAGGUUACUUUCAUUCCAAUAAGCAACCACUUUUCAAAGCCGUAUAUAAUGCAGUAGAGAAUUAUAAAAUUGGUACUAAUCCAUACUUCGAUUUUUUAAUACCAUUGAAAGCGACGCUAAACGAAAAUCAGGUGAAGGAAACAAACUGUGGAAUGUUAUCUAAAGAGACACUGUUAAUAGCGGAAAAAAUAUUUGGAAGAUACCAAAAAGAUACAUAAUAGAUUAUUUGCAAGUAUUGUAAUUAGGAAAAUAUCAUAUAAGAGGCUAUAAUGAUAAAACUAAAGAAUGACGGUUUUAUAUUAUUUUAGUAUAAUAAACGAUAAUGAAAUGAAACCAAUUACUUUCGUAAUACUGCCAGAGUUUGUAAGUUCUUAAAGGAUAAGUGUUAAACAAUUGAAAUAUAUCUACAUUAUAAAUAAAAUUUUGAAAUCUGAAAUUUUUUUGUGGUUUUCGCUUCGCUUUUACUUCCUCAUUUACGGUUGACAAUAUCCAUCCACAUAUCAAGGACGACGUCAUACUGACUAGAUAUGAUUUUCCAUUUGGUAUGCAAAAUUUUAUUUUCUCGGUGUUAAACAUGUAUUUCAGUUGAAUAUGUAACUUUUUACUAUCAACAUCAAGCUAUGAAGAAAGCUAGAUUUUUCUCUCUGUUAAAAUUGGCCACUAGGAAUAACGUAAGGAAAAAGU